AUGGGAACUCCUGGAUCAGGACGGAAGAGAACUCCAGUGAAGGACAGGUUUUCUGCAGAAGAUGAAGCUUUGAGUAACAUUGCCAGAGAGGCAGAAGCCAGGCUUGCAGCCAAACGGGCAGCCCGAGCAGAAGCUAGAGAUAUACGUAUGAGAGAACUGGAGCGACAGCAAAAAGAGGAAGAUUCAGAGAGGGCCAGGUAUUCUCACCGGUCCAGUCGACAUUCAUAUUUGGGAACAGAUGAUACUUUAACUCUUCCAAGUGGUAGCAGUUUUAGAAGUCAUGGUUACGGUGAAUCUCAUAGUUCAAGGAAGAAAGCUGCUUAUUCCCAUAAAGAUUUAUUGGCAUCUUUGUGUGGUGAUGGAGUACGUAGCUCAUAUAGUUCUCGAACUCUGGAAGAAAAGAGUGAAAAAUCACAUUCAGAAAUAUUUUCAAGGCCAUCAUCUCGCAAUUCAACAAGUGCAACCCCUCUGAGUGGCAACUCAUCUAGGAGAGGAAGUGGAGACACAAGCAGUUUGGUGGAUCCUGAUGCCUCCCUCAGUGAAUUGCGGGAUUCACUAGCUGAAGUUGAAGAGAAGUACAAGAAAGCUAUGGUUUCCAAUGCUCAGCUAGACAAUGAGAAAAACAACUUGAUUUACCAAGUGGAUACCCUAAAGGAUGUCAUUGAGGAGAAAGAAGAACAGAUAGCAGAGUUCUACAGGGAGAAUGAAGAGAAGUCAAAGGAAUUGGAAAGGCAGAAACACACGUGCAGUGUUCUGCAGCAUAAGCUGGAUGAACUUAAAGAGGGCCUUCGACAGAGAGAUGAAUUGAUAGAGGAGAAUCAACGCAUGCAGCAGAAUAUAGACUCCAUAACCAAAGAGGUGUUUGAUCUCCAGGAGACAAUUAAUUGGAAAGAUAAAAAAAUAGGGAAACAUGGAUUAGUUAUAAUUCCAGAUGGCACACCAAAUGGCGAUGUAAACCAUGAAUCAGUGGUUGGUGCAAUAACAGUUGUAUCACAGGAAGCUGCUCAAGUAUUGGAAUCUGCAGGGGAAGGACCAUUAGAUGUCCGGCUACGAAAACUGGCUGGAGAAAAGGAGGAAUUAUUGUCCCAGGUUAGAAAACUGAAGAUGCAGUUGGAAGAACAACGACAGAAAUACUCUAAAAGUGAUGGCAUGAAUCCAGAUAUCAUAGGCUUAGAGAAUGGCUCUGACUUGCAGCUAAUUGAAAUGCAGAGAGAUGCCAACAGACAAAUUAGUGAAUAUAAAUUUAAGCUUUCAAAAGCUGAACAAGAUAUAACUACCUUGGAACAAAAUAUUAUACGACUUGAGGGGCAGGUUGCAAGAUAUAAAAAUGCAGCAGAAAAUGCAGAAAAAGUAGAAGAUGAACUCAAAGCUGAAAAGAGGAAGCUUCAGCGAGAGUUAAGAACAGCACUGGAUAAGAUAGAAGAGAUGGAGAUGACCAAUAGCCACUUGAUGAAAAGGCUGGAGAAGAUGAAGGCAAAUAGGACUGCGCUUUUAUCUCAACAGUGAAGUGGGAAUUGAGAAUGUGAUGCACUGCUCCUUGAAUAACUAGCCCCUAGCUUAUUUUUAAAUACAGACUUUCAUUGGCACAAAGUAUUUGAACACUGAGCUGUUUGCUGGUGUUUUAGUUUCAUAAUUCAAUGGCAUACUUCUUGUAACUUAUGAGAGAAUGAAAUGUAGUUUGAAUUCCUAUGUGAAUGACAGCAAUUUUUGUGUAGCGUUCGAUUCUAGAGUCAGAGCUGGAGCACAAUGCUGUAUGUUCGACUUGGCAAUAGAAAAUGUUUAUACAACUGUGGAAUCAAGUUUACUCACAUUCUCUUUUGGCUGCUUUAAUGAUGCUUGAUGCUCGGAGACAACUGCAUGAAUUCAAGAAGACACUGUAUUACUGUAUUAUAAAUUAACAUACGUUUGCUCAAGACAUCACACAGCACAAGUGCCUUUUAUCUGGUGCAAUUUAGACUUCAUUGUUGGAAUAACCUUUGAAAUCAGAUAACAUUUUAUUUUAAGAUACAUUUGGGGUAUUCACUAAACUUUAUACAUUUUGAAAAUACAUUUUUGUAAAAUAUUUAAAUUUAUAAGAAAAAAAUAGGGACUGUAUAUAAAAAUCUGCUUUUUUGCAUGGGCACAUCCUAGUUCUAGGUAAUUUUGUCAAAUACUAGCCCCUGAUACUCUUAGUAUUAAGAGUGCAGAUUUAAAAACUU